AUGUUUUAACCUAACCAAAGCCAAAUCAAAUAUCAUAACCCAUUUGGCACAACAUCUGCUAUAUACUUCUCCUAAUAAUAAACAUCCAGAGAUAAAGUAUAAAUAUUCUCUCAUAUAGCAAAUAUAAUCUAGGGAUGUUUCAGAAAAUAAACAAUUUCUGUAAUAUCCAGCUUCUCAAAUAGUCUAUGGUCCCACAAUGAAAAUAGUUCCAUCUGCUUAAACCAAUAUAGCUUUUCGUAAAAUAUCCAAAGAACUUAAUAUUACAAUUGAAGACCCAGGAAAUUAACAAUAACAUUUACGUUAGCCAUCUCCUAAUGUAAAGAAUUAACGUGAAUAAAUGGAAAAGGAUUGGAAUAAGUUAAUUGAUAAAUCAAAGACACUCCAAGAAAAUCUAGUGUUACUCAAAAAUAGCAUUAGUAUGAAUCUAACAAAAAAACUACCAGAUUAGCGUUUGUCUAAAGAAUCUACAUCAACUGCAGCUGGUCUUUCUUCCAGAUUGAAGUUGUAAAAAGUGAAUAUUAAUUGCAAACUCAAUUCACCAUUCAAAGUUUAACCAAAAUAAGAAUUAAGUAAGAGUUUAAGUCAAAACACGUUUACAAAUUUAAAAUAUGCAGCUAAUCCUGUUAAAAAUGCAGUCAUCAAUAAUACUAGCAUUAUGACUCUUACCAAUAAUUCAAGUAUUAGAAAAUCAUAAGAUUCAUGUACUCUAUAACCAAAAAUUACAUCUUAAUUUCCAUCAUAAAAAUAGACUUAAAGUUUAUAUUCAUCUAUAGAAUAUAAAUUAAAUCUUAAAAUUAGUUCAUUUUUAGGAAGAGGCAAAUUUAGUGAUGUUCAUAUGGCUAUUGAUUAGAGAUCUGGUUUAAUAUUUGCUCUUAAAAUCAUAAAAAAGUAAACAGUAAUUGAACAUGCAAUGUAAGAGCAAUUGGUUAGAGAAAUUCUAAUCUAAUCCAAAUUAUCACAUCCAAAUAUUGUAAAAAUGUAUGGAUAGACUUAUGAUGAAUCAAAUAUUUAUAUGAUGUUAGAAUUUUGCAAUAAUGGAGAAUUAUUCUAACAUCAAUAUAAAUAGACUAAUAAGAGAUUUAAUGAGAAGGAUUCUAGUACUUUCAUUAUGCAAAUAUUAUCAGCCAUUCAAUAUAUGCAUAAAUAAGGUUACAUGCAUAGAGAUUUGAAGACUGAAAAUAUUUUAUUAUCUCUCGUAUUAUUUUACUUAUAUUUCAGAAUUAUGUUAAACUUUGUGAUCUAGGAUGUGUUAGAGAAAUUCCAUCAAAAGAAGAUAGGAGAAAUACAUUUUGUGGAACUGUUGAUUAUAUUGCCCCUGAAGUAAUAAAAGAUUAAGGAUAUGAUGAAAGAUGUGAUGCUUGGUAAGUGGCUAUUCUAGCAUAUGAACUUGUUGCUGGUAAUACUCCUUUCUCAGAAUAUCCAAGAGAUGAUGAAUCAAUUAUGGAAAAUAUAUUAAAAGUAAAUUACAUCUUAUUUUAUAAUAGAAUAAAUUUGAUUUACCUCAAUCAUUCUCUCCUUCACUUAAAGAUUUUGUUAAAAGAGGAUUGUAGUAAAGACCUGAAAAUAGAAUUACUAUUGAUUAAAUGUUAUAACAUAAAUGGAUUAUGGAGAAUAAUAAAGGAAAUGAUAAAGAAUAUAUAUUUUGA